UUUUCUUGACGCGAAGUGAAAUAACCCAUAUUUAUCUGAGGUCUCGUCUUUAGCCGCCUUGUGGAAAACUAGCCGUAUAUUUUCAGUCACGUUAUCGCAUCCCUGUUAGCUCGAGCCGAGGCGCUCCACUAAUUAAACGAGCCUGUCAGGACGGACGCUCCGCUAACCAACACACACCCAAACCAGCGAGAGGAGACGGCUUGUUAUACUCUCGUUAAAGCCUGGGGUUCCAUUGUGUUUCUGCUGUGUGAAUGUAGCCUAGUUUCCACGGGGCGGCGUCGCUUUGUUUGGGAUUUUUCUGCUGUACGUCAUCUUCUAGCAUCAGCCUGGAGGAUCCCAGUAACACGUUCAUGUGUAUGAAACACUGCUCGGCCAGUUGUUGCCAGUACAAACCUCAUCCUGUUGAUAAGUCACCCCAAACACCCUGGCAGGAAUCAUGGGAAGUGUGUUCCUGCCAGCAAGCACUGCCAACUCCUUGCUAAAGCGUCUGCGGAGGGCCAACUUCCUUCUCGAGGAGAUAAAGCUAGGUAACAUCCAGAGGGAGUGUCGUGAGGAGGUCUGCACGUAUGAGGAAGCCCGUGAAGCUUUUGAGAAUGAUGAGAAGACGAGGCGUUUUUGGGAGGAAUAUGUCCGGGAAAGCAGUCCACCAGGAGGGCUGAACUCGGUGGUGGGCGGAGCUCAGUCUCUGUACGUGGUCGUGCCAUUGGUGCUGGUUGGGCUCAUCAUCGCUGCCAUCGCCAUCACCGCGUGGCGCUGUCAUGCCCGUAAGCGCUCACAGCGCAGCCCAAGUCUGGGACACUCCCAUCAUAACCACGUCUUGUCGGUGGUCUCCAUGGAUCAGUGGGGGAGGGAUUACCACCACGGUGACCAAUCAGAACUCAGCAUCCACAGCAGCCCAGCCUACCUGGGCUCUGAGAUGACUUCAGGCAGAGGGGGCGUGGGGGAUCCGCCGCCAUCUUACGAAGAGGCCGUGGGCCACACAGACGUCCAAAUAGAGACAGAACCUCCUCCUCAAUACGAAGACAUAAUGAACACCAGCUCGGUGAGAAUCAGCGGCGGUCAAGGGAAGUAAACCUGUCUUCCUCUUCCACCCAAACUGAGGUCCGAACCUUCACUGGGACUAGUUGUUUAAUAGUGCUACUACUGUGGUAUCACCAGCCUUUCUCAUUCAACACACACAGCAAAAACACAUUAACAGUCACUCAAGUCGACUAAUGCAAUCUUUGCUGUUACCAGCUCUGCUGAGAUUUGCACUAAUCUUUUAUCACUUAGUUAAGGUGAAGCCAGGAGGGAAAAUGUGAUCCUUGAAUACCAAAACCAACCAACACCUCAGCUGCAUUUCCUUAAGUAGAAUCAGUGGUCACAAUAAUCCGUGCUAUAUUAAAGGAACAUCAUUUUAUGUGUAAAAGGGGUUGGACUGAUGCAUCUUUGAAGAUUGGUGCCAAAUAGUGAGUUGUUUGGUUAUCGUCAGAUAUUUUGUACAUAUUUUUAAUAUCUUUUAACUAUGGUAACAUUUUUGUCAUAUUUAUGGUUUUGAAAGUUUUUCUAUUGCAGUAACUUUUCAGACAACUAAAACCUGCAUUAGUUCACAUCUAAUCAGCAAGAGACGAAACAGAACUGGUAGGAAAUCAGAAUCUGGUCUUUUCUGACAGCUAACGUAACUUGUUAUGGACCAGAGGAAUGUUAGGCGGCCACCUACUUUUUGGUUUUGGGACAGUUUACGACCAGAACACACAUCAAAAGCUAACAUUUGAAAUUCAUAAUGAGCUAAGCUGUAAAGUUUGGUGUGAACUAACCCAUCAACCUUCUACGUGGCCUCCAGCACUUCAGUUCAUUGUUGCAGUAAAAACCGUGUCAAUGCAGUUUCCAAACGAAGGCAUUGGUCCAACCUUUUGUGUCCUUUAGCGAUAUUUAGAGCUUAAGUUUUAGGGAUCAAGCUAAACAAAAGUUAAAAGGGACCUAUUUUUGUAUGCGGGUGUCACGUUUGCUUAUUAUUUUGAUUGUGCAUGCAGCUCAACCUGCAAGCGUAAAAUGAGAACUCCGCUCUGUUAGGGCUCACUGGCCCACAUCCACCUGUGAAGCCACAGAGCUGAGAAUAUGAGCAAGAAAACGAAUACAGGGGCUUUAGAUGGAGAUUUAAGGGACAAGCCUGGACUAAAUGUUACUGAAGAUUAUGCUUGGCAUGUGUAAUGCACCUCUGCACACUGUAUGUGUGUAGACUGUGUGAAAGUUACAGUAAGAUUUUUACUGCACAGGAAUUUGGUGAUUACAUUGACACCGGUGUAAAGGAACUACAGCGUGUGAACACACUACGAAACGUUGUUUACACUUAGAACGAGUUCUGGACUGAAACAGGAAAGCCUGUCAUUCCAGCAUUCAUGAUGCCAGUGUACACUUUGGUGCUCAUAAUCAAUAUGCAAUACUUUCGAAAUGCAACCCACUUGAAAUGUACCCGUUGAGUCAUGUGACAUGGAUGACCAUCACAUAUAUUCCUCACAGCACACUUGGAGCACUAAGAACGUUGUAUUUGUGCGAGUUAACUUGUGAACCUCGGCUGGUACUCCCUCUGGUUGUCCGGUAACUUCCACACAGCCCUGUUUUUACUAUGCCUUAUUAAACAAUGUUAUUUAAGAUAGAGUACAAGGGAACUUGUUAUACAACCUGGACAUGUGCAAAAGCUUGAAUAAAUUUUUAAAAAGACAAAAAA